GCACUUCGUGGUUCUUACUUGUGACUGCAAUUCAGAAGGGAGUUUUUACUUUCAUUUCUUUCCAGUGGUUAAUAAAAUAAGCUUUGCCUCUUACCAUACAAUUUUUUUUCUCAUUUAUGAAAACUUUGAAAUUGUCAAGAGUAAAAUCCACUUCCUCAGGAUCUUUGGAAUAAACCUGACACUUAAGAAAAAUAUUUCAGCUUUCAUAGCUGUUUCAUUCCCUUUUUUCCUAGUUCAUUUUUCUUAAAAGUAUUUGUGCUUUGAAAAUGUCAGCUGUAUUCUAAUGAAGCUCAGGCAUUGUUUGCUCAUAAAGGGGCCGGUGCAUUCCACUGCUUUAUGGUUUAUUACCAGGCACAGUGUGAGAGUGUGGGUGGCACCAUUUGGUGUCUGCCUCUUGGUAGGGACUGCCAUUAUGUUAGCAUUGGAUUGGCAAGGGAAAUACAGCGUGCAAGAUCCUAUAUGAAUCUGGAGCCUGUGAAGAAAAUUUUAGCCAUAAACAGUCCUGCCUGAGCCCAGAAUGUGUGACAGCUUGAUCUCUUCAAGUGUACUCUUGAAGCCUGCAUUUCAGUUACAAUGAGUAUUCCCCCAGUCACAUCUCUGGUUUUGUGAUUUGCUAAUUCUAGUUGGAUAUGCUGUCUUUGCAAACUAAUGUGUGCUUGAUUUAUGAAGAUGGUGCUGUUGAUCUGUGGGGCCUGAAUUAUUUUUCACAUGAAGUGAAGCAUGUGAUGAGCCGCAUCAGUGGAGCAAACAGUCAGCAAGGUAACGUUUCGUUUGUUGCAUUUCCAGUUUCCAGCACCAGCUCACCAACAAAGAUUUUACCAAAAACCUUAGGACCAAUAAAUGUGAAUGUUGGACCCCAAAUGAUUAUAAGCACACCACAGAGACUAACCAGUUCAGGAAGUGUUCUGAUUGGGAGUCCAUAUACCCCGGCACCAGCAAUGGUUACUCAGACACACAUAGCAGAAGCCACUGGCUGGGUCCCAGGUGAUAGAAAACGGGCUAGAGAAUUUAUAGACUCUGAUUUUUCAGAAAGCAAACGAAGCAAAAAAGGAGAUAAAAAUGGAAAAGGCUUGAGACACUUUUCAAUGAAAGUGUGUGAGAAAGUUCAGCGGAAAGGUACAACGUCAUAUAAUGAAGUAGCUGAUGAGCUGGUGUCCGAGUUCACCAAUUCAAAUAACCAUUUGGCAGCUGAUUCGGCUUAUGAUCAGAAGAACAUUAGGCGAAGAGUUUAUGAUGCUUUAAAUGUGCUGAUGGCAAUGAACAUAAUUUCAAAGGAAAAAAAAGAAAUCAGAUGGAUUGGUCUGCCUACCAAUUCUGCUCAGGAAUGUCAAAACCUGGAGAUAGAGAAGCAGAGGCGGAUAGAACGGAUAAAGCAGAAGCGGGCCCAGCUUCAAGAACUUCUCCUGCAGCAAAUCGCUUUCAAAAACCUGGUACAAAGAAAUCGGCAAAAUGAACAGCAGAACCAGGGCCCUCCAGCUCUAAACUCCACCAUUCAGUUGCCAUUUAUAAUCAUCAACACAAGCAGAAAAACAGUCAUAGACUGCAGCAUCUCCAGUGACAAGUUUGAAUAUCUUUUUAAUUUUGACAACACCUUUGAGAUUCAUGAUGACAUAGAAGUGCUGAAGCGAAUGGGGAUGUCCUUUGGCCUGGAGUCAGGCAAAUGCUCCCUGGAGGAUCUGAAACUUGCUAAAUCACUGGUGCCAAAGGCUUUGGAAGGCUAUAUCACAGACAUCUCCACAGGACCGUCUUGGUUAAAUCAGGGACUGCUUUUGAACUCUACCCAAUCCGUUUCAAAUUUAGACCUGACCACCGGUGCCACCUUGUCCCAAUCAAGUGUAAACCAAGGGUUGUGCCUGGAUGCUGAAGUGGCCUUAGCAACGGGGCAGCUCCUUGCCCCAAACAGUCACCAGUCCAGCAGUGCGGCCUCUCACUGCUCUGAGUCCCGAGGCGAAACGCCCUGUUCAUUCAACGAUGAAGACGAGGAAGAGGACGAGGAGGACUCAUCCUCCCCAGAAUAAAGACAGGCGCAAACCCGCGUUUUGCUCUCUGAUGCUCAUGUGUGUUUUUAGUGUGAGCUCUUGUUUUUGAAACGACUGCUUCAGUCUUUGCCUUUGUUUGCACUGUGUGUUCAGUGAAAACUCGGGAAACACAAUAAGCAAAUUACCUGAAGGCUGAGAUGGUUGAGAAGAAAGCUAACGUAGUGUGAAUGAAACUCUAAACAACAGAGCAGUAGAUCACGUGGCAAACACAGCCUGUUCUCUGAGGUGGUGGAGGGGACCAUCCCUGAGGAACGGGCAGCAUGGAUGCCACACAUAUCCCUUCCGUGCGGCGGGGCCAUUGUGGCCCCUGCAUCCACCCACCCCCUUAGAACUGAGAUGGCUACAUGAACAGCCCCUAAUGGUGUGGUUCCCUCGUCCCGUUCCCUGGCCUGGGCUGCCCUUUCCCGAGGCUGACUGACCACAAGAGGUUCCUGGUGGGAGGAGCUGUGCAGGGAGUGAGGGAGACCUCGGGGCCCCAGGAGCACAGAUCGAACCGCUGAACUAGUUGAAAGUCUAGUCGAGGUGCUUUAUGCAUCAGCUGCCUUAGACGGCUUCUAGAAAGGAGCGAGCGCGAAUUCUGAAGUACUUAAGUGACAUUUAGAAUAAUUUAUAGUCCAGCUGAAAUUAUCACUCUUAGCCAAUGCAUUGGUGCAUAGAAUUUUCUAGGGCUACUUCUGGAAGCCAAAAUAGAAUAGUAUUUUCACGUGCAUUAAAUACUUUGCCAGCACUGCCUUUCGCCAGCAUCUUAAAUCUGGAGUGUUACAGAGCAGGAAAUUGUCUCUGUAGUUUUAAUCAGAGCUAUGCGUUCCCUACAGCUUUUUCACUUAGCACAAAACAAAGAAACAUAUCCCUAUGACUGAACUGCUUGCUUACUGUUCCAUGCAAAUAAUUGUAUGAUUUCACCCCGUGUGCAAUUUGUAAAAGUGAACUGCCAUGACUUUUGUCUGAAAAGGAGUUCAAGAAUACGAACAAGCA